AUGCCAUCCUUUCCCUCUAGGCCUUUGGCCCGGUCUAGAGAUGACGGCCUACAACUAAGCUACCAACUUCCUCAUCGCGUCUACACCGCCAAGGGCUAUCCUGUCCUCGCCCCUAAUGGCUCAUCAAUUAUAAUAUAUGGGUAUGAAAACGGGUUGAAGGUAAUUUGGCGAGGUGGAAGACCAUUUACGGACAGGAAGCCGUCGGCCUCUAAGGACCAACCGCAAGAGAAAACCAACCGCAGCAACGACGACGCCAUCAUGAUCAUUGAUUCUGAUGAUGAGAGCUCUGUUGAACCCCAGAAAAACGAAGAACCAAGUUAUGGGUUUGAAGAAGACGAGCCCGAGAUUGAUCCCCUUUUCCCAUACGAAAACGUGCUGCGUCAGAUUGAUAUACCUCUUGGGACCAGGGUUGUUGAAUUGGCUGUCCCUCGCAUUCUGCCUGAGUCCUCACGUUCAUCGCUCGAUCCUUUCCCGCCCAUUUUGAGAAAAUAUAUGGUCAUCUCAGCCGUGUGCGCUGAUCUUUCCACCCGAGUUGUGACACUACCCCUGGCUCCUCCGCACCCUACUCAAUUCGAGAUCUCCUCGUGGGUUCAGACGUUGUCGAUUAGCGGCGGAGUAUCACACCAAGAGAUCCCAAGGGGAGUGGGGAUUGCUUUUACAUAUCAAGCGAGUGAGCCGCAGGGAGAUGAGGACAUGGCUCAAAGUCAAAGUGGAUCUAAUAGACAUAGGCCAGGGAGAUGGGACCUUCUUGUCGCUACUCAUUCUGCUGAGUCGUCGGGCCUACUUAUAAUACAUCGGAUCCCAGUUGUGGAAGAGACAGAUCGCAGUGAAGUGUUGUACCGUUUAGGCGAGGAUGAUAUCGAGUCGAAGCGCCGUUAUCUGCCGGCCCCAGCCCAAAACAUCGCUUUCAACCCAUCACCAUAUCCGUCACCACGACACUCGACACUACUUGUCGCCUUUCAUAGCGGAUGUGUCAAGGUCUACUCGUGCUUCUCGAUGAAGCCAUCCAAAGCUUCGCGCAGGUCAUCCAGUCCUCAAAAUGAUUUUGAAACGUCGGAAACAGACGGAAAGUGGCUGAUCAGUCUCUAUCCUGGGUUUGAGCAGUCCCCCUCAGGGGUACCCCGGCGUAAAACUAUAGUUAAUGCAGAAUGGGUGCUUGGUGGACGGGCUAUUAUGGUUCUCAUGGCGGAUGGUGAAUGGGGAGUGUGGGAUCUCGAAGGGGCAGGCCCAGGAACCAUAAAGGGCCCACUCCAGCGUCAAUCCAGUGUACAGGGGGUGACUGGCGGAUCCUUGACUGCUUUUUCUGUCAGUGGUCGGAUCUUGAGUCCGCUGUCAGGAGCCCGAACUGAAACAGGUGGGCCUAUCGCGGAACAGCGUCCUAAAUUCGCACCCUUGACGCCACAUACUAAGCGUGUGCGUGAAGAUACUUUGCUGAAGGGCGCCAUGGUUGGUUCAAUUAUGCCAUCUUUGUGCGGCGAAAUCUCUGUCUAUCAAACCAAUUCAUACCGUGAUUCGCUACCUGACGAGUCGAUUCUGUUGCGACACGGCAACCAGAGUGCUGUCAUUCCAAGUUUGCUGUCCUUGUGGCGGAAUGCUGUCAAAGCAACCGGAACCUUUGAUGCGUCUAACCGCUGCCGAGUUUCCGCCAUCCAAGAUAUCACCUUAAUGGGGGAACAUUUGAAGGGCAUUGGCCACCUUCCUGCCGCUUCUCGCCAGACUCGCCAAGCUGAAGGUGGAGAUCAUGAUGCUCUUCUCGUUGCAGAACACCGAAUUAUAGUCCUUACUCCAAGACUGAAUGAGCCGGAUGAAUCUCCUGCACUUCUUGGGCCAGUGAACGAGACACCGACCGCAGAGACUGAUCAGCUCAAGCUUCGGCGUGGUGAACUUGAUGUUGAAGGAAUGGAUCGACUACUGAGUGGGAUGGCCAGCGGUAAUCAAUCCCUCCGAAUGGGGAGUCCUAUUAAGCGGGCGCGGAUUUUCACCUGA